CCGAGGCCCAAUAAAAGGCCCAGUUGUGCAAAAUGCACGCACCAACAACUCUGUGCCUUGCUACCGGGACAAGAAGGAAAUGGAAGAUGAACUAGACGAUGUCGUUCCAUGCACAUCACUCGCCGUUGAAUCUACCCUUCGCGUCGGAACGGCUGGUGCAAUUUGGGGAUUGUGUACUGGUCCCUACGAUGCUCAUAGACAGGGUCUUACAGGCAUUGCUCGAGCUUCUUUUGUGGCAAACUCGGUUCGUGUGUUUGGGACUCAAUGCGGACUUGUAGCUGGAGUUUUCAGCAUUACACGCUGCGGAGUUAAGAAAUACAGGAGACAGAAUGAUUGGGUCAAUGGUUUGAUUGGAGGAGCUGUAGCAGGUGCAGCUGUUGCUGCUAGGUCACGAAGUUGGACGCAGGUGAUUGGGAUGGCCGGUUUGGUUUCUGCUUUUUGUGCUGCAGCUGACUAUUCCAGAACAUAAGGUGCAUUUGUUAGAAACUAUGACAGAAGGAUAUGAGACUCACAAGUGUCUUACAUCAACGAGCAAAAUUGUCUGCUAUUUGGCAGUUUUCAACUAUUGUAUAUUUUGUUGUCUACAACAUGCGUUUGUAUAUACCAUAUUUGUUUAGACGAUAGAGUAAUUUCAGCCUGGUUCUUCCUACACAAAAUUGUUCUUCCUUAUACUUGAAGUAAUAACAGUUUUUCAUAGUUUGAAAAUUUUAUUGACUUUGAUAUUUACGUCUA